AUGAUCAAUUUUCCGAUUCCGCCGAAUAUUGUACUUCCAGCUAACAUCACAUAUACAUUACCCAAUUUUCGACCUGGAGAUAAUCAGACGUUUGACCGUGUGGUUGGUUCUCUGGUGGGUUUGACAGUUGGUGAUGCCCUUGGAGCAAGCGUGAAAUAUCGUCCUCGGCAAUAUCUUCUAAGUUAUCCAGUGCGUGACAUGCAAGCUGGUGGUAGCCGAGGUCUCAAAGCCGGUCAAUGGACAGACAACACAUCAAUGGCACUUUGCUUGGCUUCAUCGCUGCUGACGCAACGAGGCUUUAAUCCUUAUGAUCAAAUGGUACGGUACCUUUGGUGGUACAAAUAUGGAUAUCUUUCGUCCACAGGGUACUGCUUUGAUAUUGGUAAUACAACACGUGAUGCAUUAGAAGAAUUUGCACGACGUCAACAUAUUCUCAAAAGAUACUAUCGUAUUACAGCCGACUCCGAAAUCGAUCGUCUUCCAUUGAGCCAUGUAACCAGAGUAACUGAAUUCGAUGUCAAUUGUGGCAUGCCAGGUGUGACAACAAAUAGCGCUCUUGUUCGUCUGGCUUCUGUACCACUUUUCUACUAUCGACAUCCGGAAACCGCUGUGGAACUUGCAGGUCAAAGUGCACGUCUAACUCAUGGUGAUCCAAGAGCAAUCGAUGCUUGUCGCUAUUUGGGUGCACUGAUCGUAGCUACAAUUCGUGGCGAAUCGAAGAAUUCUCUUCUUAGUAACGACUUUUAUCGUGCUCAUCAAACAUGGUUUGGAUCUAAUGGACUUCAUGAAGAAGUAUAUCGUGUCAGCCUUGGAUCUUAUAAACAAGUACAAGGUUAUAAUGGUAGUAUUCGAGGUGGAAACUACAUUAUCAAAGCAUUGGAAGCUGCGCUUUGGGCGUUUUGGAGCGAUGAAAGUUCGUUUCAAACUGGUGUUCUCAAUGCAGUCAAUCUGGGUGAUGAUACAGAUUCAACAGCAGCUAUCUACGGUCAGUUGGCUGGUGCUUAUUAUGGACGAUCCGCUAUUCCUAUACAUUGGAUUAAACAGCUGUAUGCAGCACCACUGAUUGAGUGCAUCGGUCAAUGGCUUUAUAUCGAAGCUUACCAGAGUAGCACUCAAAAUCGACAACCUGUCGCUGCACCAAUGACAUUCCGCACGCCGAUGCAGAUGCAGCCAUCUAUACCAGGAGCCACUCCACGGGAUUUUGUCCAAAAUGAUCAACUACGUGAGACACAACAGAAAAAAUUUGAUAUCUCACGUGCUAGUGUCGAGUAUUUAAAUCCAUACCGAGCAUGGCGAUAUCUGCCUUCACCUCUAGAUAUGGCUGCUGGUUUACCAAGCGAUUAUAAUCUGCCGAAACCGAUACCUUCAACAUCGGAAGAAUGGUUGACCUUCCCCCAAGCACGAUUCAAAUAUACUAACUAA